AUGCGUCUGGUGGCACUGUGCCUGAGCUGGAUCAUCGCAGUCACUGCGUUCGAGCUUCUGGGCGAGGCGCCCCGAACAGAUCGGCUGUCAUUCGUCAAGCCAAGCAAGAAUGAUGCGACACACUUCGGGGUCGGGUCCAAAGUGGACGUAGUGUGGAUUACACCUUAUUCAAAUACCAAUUUGGAGAUAUGGCAAGGACCUCGAGCGGAUGGCUCAUUCGCCAUGGAGUCGCUAUUGAAAAAUGCGAGCAACUCUACAACCACCUUUACUUGGAAAGCGAAACCACUCGACAAUCUUCACUUUGCAGAAGCUUUCCAUUUCCGGCUGCAAAAAAGCGAUGGCGACGUCUUUUGUGACGGCUGCAUUGCGAGCAGUGUUGAGAUUCGUGUUUCGAACAUUGUCAACACGGAGACUUCGGUCGUGGCAGAUGGCAAGUCUGGCAACGAUGGGCUCGGUUCUCAGGACAAACUCAUGAUUGGAUUGUCAAUUGGCAUUGCUUCGGCGGUGAUAGCUGGAUUCAUCACGCUAAUGUGCUGCACACAGAAGCGAAAGUCAUCUAACCAGCGAGGACAAAAGAGACCUCCUACUCCACAGUCGAUGCAACACUUUCUCCAGCGCGCGUUUGGAGACAACAAACGAGAGCGGCGCGGAAAGCAGUUACCUUAG